GACCAGUUCCGGGACUUCCUGCGGCGCUGUGACAGGCUGGGUGCGGACCUCGAGGGCUCCGACAAGGACCAACCUUUUUUGAAGCUCAAGCAAGCCCUGGGGAAGAAGAAGGACUACGACAAGCGGCCCGUCGCUGAGCUCGAUACGUCCAACAUGGAGCGGUGCACGCCCUCCUACCUCAUCUUGCCCCACGACUAUCCGAAGCUGGUGUGCACCGGCCGCACCAGGCUGGGCGACCGGGUGCUCAACGACUUCAUGGUCAGCAUACCCUCCGGCUCAGAAGACAGUGGAUCCAAG